AUGUCUCUCAACAACGACAUUUUUCUCCUUAUCAGUGAGCAGCUAGAUGACCAAAGCGAUCAACUCAAUCUUUUACUGGUAUGCCGUGGUUGGUAUUCGAUCUUCCUCCCGAAAGCAUACAAAACAAUCUCUGUUGAAGCCCCCCAAAUCUAUCCUCUUUCCCGCGCCGUUCGAAACAAUCCUAGAAUAGGUACUGCCAUCCAAAAUCUGAGUGUUGAUUGGUGCCACUCCGAGUCAGAACUUGGGAAUGAUUACGACGUCGAUGGGCUUGUGGAAACCUUGAAGCAAGUGGGCGACGCUGCAGAUGAUCUUGCCGCAUGGGAAGAAAGUCUGCGGACAGGAUGCCCUGAUGCCUGGCUCGCAGUGUUUGUGCUAUCGCUCGAGUCUAUCAAGAGUAUGACUCUGAGAUUUUCACACUCGCCCUAUUUCCUACCCAUGGUAACGCGAAUCGCCGCCAAUGGAAAUCUACCCAGCCCGAAGUCAGCUCUCCAAUCCCUAGAAAGCGUGGACAUCUGGGUGGACGAUCAUAUGGAAUACUACCUGGCGCAUGAACUACUGCCAUUCUUCUAUCUUCCCGCAAUGCGAGUGUUCACUGCAGGGGGGGAAAUCGAUCUUGGUCACUCUAAUACGAAUAACGGGGGCAACGGGUUCGCCGAAUACAUCAUUUCGUGUGCCAAUUUGGAGAUCUUCGACUAUCAGCACGACAACAAAAGCAUAUGGGGUGAAGUCUACAAAGAGUUUUGCCCUCUUCUAUUCUACAACGCACUAUGUUCCCAAAAGCACAGCCUUCGGGAACUUCGAUUGAAUAAUAAUGGAGAGACUGGAGACAGCGGGUUUGAUGAAGACACCGAGGAAUUUAAUGGGUUUGGAUCUCUAGCCGAAUUCCACCAGCUACGUGAGCUUCGGAUGCCAUUGCGCACACUUUUGCAAUUUGGCUCAAGCGAUCAGCCGGAAGUAUCUCUCCUGGAAGUUCUUCCACCAAGCCUAGAAUUGCUCAAUCUUGCUCACUAUCACGAGGAGGACUUCGACAUUGUCAAUAAGAAUCUUCAGGCUAUGCUAGCACAACGAGAGCGGCUCCCGAAUCUCAAAAGAAUUGAGAUCCAGCCUUACACUUUGGUGAUGACUGCAGGGGCUAUCGUUCACUCAACAAACUUCAGAGUUCAAGAGUCAACACAACAAUCCUUCCUGCCAUUUGACAUGGCCUGUCGAGAAAUGGGAAUUCAGUUUGGCUUCAGCAAGGAGGGCAGUUAUAGCUUGAUCACCGUAUGA